CCGGAGUUAGGUGUAACGCUGCUCUCGCUUGGUGCGGUCGCUAUGUGUGAGGGAGAGGGACGGGGCUGAUAACUGGGCUUAAACGGCAGUACCGGGACCCGUAGGCGCCGCGCUCGGACGGUGUCAGCGGGGAUGUAGUGUCAUGCAUUGACUCCCGGCGAUGACAAGGCACUCUCGCAGCUGACUGUCCCGUGUGGGCCCCCAGAACCCAACAGGUCUGUCCCAGCCUCUCCGGCUGCUGUAGUUGCUCAGUUGCAAAACUGGACUACGCCCCCUCACUCCACCGCCAAAACCACACCCGAACCAAGGCAUCAUCUGGUAAGGGAAGAGUCCAGGAGCGGACCGCCAAGUUCAGGCGUAUUCUGGACAAAAGCAAAAUUUAAAAAAUGGAGGAUCUGAAGAAAAGGGAUGAAAGUGAUCUGCUUCUAAACACCCGCAUUUGAAUAAGAGCACAGAGUCACAAGUGUGCACGCGCACACACACACACACGCACACACACAUACACACGCACAUCCACACACACAGAGAUUGCGACAUAGAAGAGCAGAAAUCUCAACAUUCAGUAGUAAAGAAAUACCCGGAGUGUGUGACGCCCUCGCCAGUCACAAACACACAGUCACAAACACACACACACACACACACACACACACACACACAACCAAGCGCUAAUAUAUCCCUCAUAAACACACAAGCACACACCCACGCAGACAGAUACACACAUAUCUGCACAUGGCUGCCACACUCGACUAAACUCCACAGGCUGUACAGAUCAGACUCUCUCUCACACACACACACACACACACACACACGCGCGCGCGCGCGCGCGCGCACACACACGCACUUAGACGUUCAUAGUACCCUCACGGUACUGCACAACAAGCGCUCUCAUUUGGUUAGGCUCUUAUUUACAGCAUCAAGAUGAUGUGCGAGGUGAUGCCCACCAUAUCGGAGGAUGGACGAGGAGGCGGGGGAGGGGGGCCAUCCUCACCCGCGGGGGGCGGGGCUGGCACAGGAGGUGGCAUAGGAGGCAUGGGUGGCGGCUACAGCGGGCGCGAGGCCCGCGGCGGCGGCGACGAGGGCGGUAGCACCGGCAACUUGGAGUCGCUGAUGGUCAACAUGCUGACAGAGAGGGAGCGGUUACUGGAGAGUCUGAGGGAGACCCAGGAGAGCCUGGGCACGGCGCAGCUGCGGCUGCGUGAACUGGGUCACGAGAAGGACUCGCUCCAGAGGCAGCUCUCCAUCGCACUGCCACAGGAGUUUGCUGUGUUGACCAAAGAGCUGAAUGUUUGUCGGGAGCAGCUGCUGGAGAGAGAGGAAGAGAUUGCAGAGCUUAAAGCAGAGAGGAGCAACACUCGGCUGCUGCUGGAGCAUUUGGAGUGUCUCGUGUCUCGUCACGAGCGCUCUCUGAGGAUGACUGUGGUGAAGAGGCAGGCCCAGUCUCCUGCUGGCGUCUCCAGUGAGGUGGAGGUCCUCAAGGCCCUCAAAUCCUUGUUUGAGCACCAUAAAGCCCUGGACGAGAAGGUACGAGAGCGAUUGCGCGUGGCUCUCGAACGCGUCGCAGUCCUGGAGGAAGAGCUGGAGUCUUCAACAAAUGAGCUGCACACUCUACGGGAGCAGAUCAAAAGACGUGAGCGUGGAAUGGACAACGGCAAAGAACGCCUGCCAAACGGCCCCUCCUCCAUCCUGGAUGAUGGAGAGAUGGACAGGCAGAGGGAGGGAGAGAUAGAGCGACAGCGAGCGGAGCUUUCGCAGCUCAAAGAGAGACUCGCCCUCAUGUGCAGACAGGUUGGAGAGAUUGAAGAGCAGCUCACUGCUGCACGGAGGGAGGUGACCAAGACUGAGGAAGCCAAUCAAAAACUACAGAGGGAGAUCAAAGAGGCCCUGUGUCAGAGAGAAGACAUGGAGGAGAGAAUUACUACCUUAGAACGGCGGUACCUCAGUGCCCAGCGGGAGGCGACGUCUCUCCAUGACAUCAAAGACAAGCUGGAGAAUGAACUGGCCAGCAAAGAAUCCCUCUACAGACAGAGCGAGGAGAAGAACAGGCAGUUGCAGGAGAGGCUAGAUGAUGCCAAGCAGAAGCUUCAGCAGACGCUGCAGAGGGCGGAGACUCUGCCUGAGAUUGAAGCCCAGCUUGCUCAGAGAGUGGCUGCUCUCAACAAGGCAGAGGAACGCCAUGGCAACUUCGAGGAACGACUGCGACAGAUGGAGGCACAACUGGAGGAAAAAAAUCAGGAGUUGCAGAGAGCAAGACAGAGGGAAAGGAUGAACGAUGAGCAUAACAAACGCCUCUCUGACACGGUGGAUAAGCUCCUGUCUGAGUCCAACGAGCGGCUGCAGCUGCACUUGAAGGAGCGCAUGGCAGCUCUCGAGGAGAAGAAUGCUCUGUCUGAAGAACUCGCAAACAUGAAGAAGAUCCAAGAUGAUCUGCUGGCAAACAAGGAUCAGCUCAUCGCAGAACUAGAGCGACUACAGCUAGAACUGGACCAGCUGAGAGGCAGACCUGGCUCCUCCUACUCUCGUUCUUUACCUGGCAGUGCACUGGAGCUGAGGUAUUCCCAGGGAGGAGGAUCCUUACCUGCUGGGUCCACCACUCACCUGGACCAUUAUGGAAGCACAGGCUCAGGGGGCGUGGUCAGACGGGCCCACCGCGGGCGCUGGGGUGGGCCCAGGGAGGACACUAGCAAGUAUGGCGAGUGGGAUAGUGGCACCCUCUUGGGUCCGGGUUUUGAGGGCGGAGUGGAGGGCGGCUGCUCAGAUGAGGAGGAAGACCGUGAGACGCUCUUCGGCUCAGAGCUCCUCUCACCGAGUGGGCAGACAGACGUCCAGACGUUGGCAAUCAUGCUACAGGAACAGCUGGAGGCCAUCAACAAGGAAAUCAAGUUAAUCCAGGAGGAGAAGGAGAACACAGAGUUGCGGGCCGAGGAGAUCGAGAGCCGUGUCAGCAGUGUGGCUCUGGACGGGCCCCUGGUGCCUCCCUCCUCUCUGGGAAGGGACGCCAGUGGCCGGAGUUUCAUCCCUCCUUCCCUAACCUCCUCCACCCUCGCCUCUCCUUCUCCACCCAGCUCGGGACACUCCACCCCUCGCUUGCCCCACUCACCUGCCCGUGAGACUGACAGACAGAAUAACAAGGAGGAUGAUAGGUCCCUGGCACUGCUGGACUCCACCCCUCCGCCCACGCCGCGUGCGCUGCGAUUGGACAGGAUGAGCCACACCCACCCUGGUGCUAUGCUGGACGACAGUCGUGAGUUCCGCAGUCUCUCAGCAGAUGGCAGCAGCACCAACAGCAGUCAGGACUCCCUCCAUAAGUCCAGCAAAAAGAAAAGUAUCAAGUCUUCCAUUGGUCGUCUCUUUGGCAAGAAGGAGAAAGGGAGGAUUGGCCAGCCGGGCCGAGAGUCCGCCUCCCUGGCCUCCACGCCCUCAGAUGACCUGGGCUCUGUUGACCCGCUUGGCCUCACCAAGAUGGCCGGACCUGUGGACAAAGACCGCCGCAGCAAAAAAAAGCACGAGCUUUUGGAAGAGGCCUGUCGGCAGGGGCUUCCCUUUGCAUCCUGGGACGGCCCUACUGUGGUCUCCUGGCUGGAGCUGUGGGUGGGCAUGCCUGCCUGGUAUGUGGCAGCGUGCCGUGCUAAUGUGAAGAGUGGUGCAAUCAUGGCUAAUCUCUCCGACACGGAGAUCCAGAGAGAGAUCGGCAUCAGCAACCCACUGCACCGUCUGAAACUGCGGCUAGCCAUCCAGGAGAUGGUUUCCCUGACAAGCCCCUCGGCCCCAGCUAGCACGCGCUCUUCGACCAGUAAUGUGUGGAUGACCCACGCUGAAAUGGAGUCCCUGACUGCAGCAACCAAACCAGAGCUGAAAGAGUUCAGCUGGGAUCAGAUCCUGGCAUACGGGGAUAUGAACCAUGAGUGGGUGGGUAACGACUGGCUGCCCAGUCUCGGGCUGCCUCAGUACCGAAGCUACUUCAUGGAGUCUCUGGUGGAUGCCCGCAUGCUGGACCACCUAACCAAGAAGGAGUUGCGUGGACAGCUCAAAAUGGUGGACAGCUUCCACAGGGUGAGCCUGCAUUAUGGCAUUAUGUGUCUGAAGCGAUUGAAUUAUGACCGGAAGGAGCUGGAGAGGCGGAGAGACGAGAGCCAGCACCAAAAUAAAGAUGUGAUGGUGUGGUCAAACGAGCGGGUGAUGUGCUGGGUGCAGAGCAUCGGCCUGAAGGAGUACGCCGACAACCUCGCCGAGAGCGGCGUGCACGGAGCCUUGCUGGCCCUGGACGACACCUUCGACUACACUGACCUGGCCCUCCUCCUGCAGAUACCCAAUCAGAACACACAGGCACGACAGCUCCUGGAGAAAGAGUAUAACUCACUGAUUGCCAUGGGAACCGAGCGGAGGCCAGACGAGGAUGGCACUAAGACCUUUACCCGGUCCCCGUCCUGGAGGAAGAUGUUCCGCGAGAAGGACCUGAGAGGAAUGACAUCUGACUCGUCAGAGACGUUGCCCGCUAACUUCCGGGCCUCUGCCAUCUCCACGACCUCCGUGACCCUACGGAAGGUACAGAGUGAAGUGUCUCCUCGGGGGGAGGCUGGAUCAGUGAGAACAUAUUCUUGCUGAAGGGCUCAAAAGAGGGUGCCGAUAGCCCAGGACUGGAGUGUUAAGAGGAGGCAGGGGAGUUGGAUAAAAAGCAAUGAAUAAAUCCAGUUCUAAAAAACAAAUAAACAAACAAACAAACAAAAAAAACCCCCAACAACCAAUGGUCUGACCACUCUGCAAUAACUGAACGAGAGAGGAACGUAUGGAGGAAUGGUGAUUGGAAGGAAUAAAGAACUUAAGGACAUGAGGCAUGGAGAACGUAUGAGAUAGAGAGGAAUAAAGUCGUGGACUGGUGCAGGAGGGAAUGAGUGACUAUUUUAACUUUCACUCCGUGGUUCUCUCAUCUUAUUUCUGUGCCACUGGGAUCUGUGUGCCUGAACCACAGUGUCUCUCGGUCAUUCGUUUAUGCGGAGCUCUCUGUUCCUCCCCACGUCUUUCGUUUCCGGACCAAAACAAACCCACUCUGUGCACUGGCGGCCAUUUUACCUGGAUCAUACCAUUCCAGAAAAAGGGGUGGAAGGAAGUUGUGAUUCAGAGCCUUGUCACCCUGGGUUUCUUUGUCCUUUCCUACUCAUACAGGAUGCGGGUGUUUACGUGUAGUCUAGCACGGCGUGAAUGGCUUGGUCAUGACAGCAGAUUAGCGGCCACAGAUCUUUCAUGGCAGGACGUGGUUCUCCCCUCUUACACGCUUGCCUGACAUGAGAGAUGCCUCAGCGUGAAAAGCAAUAUGGCAUUAUCACUAAAGCCGAGGCGCAGUUCCUGCAAUGCUGCUUUCAACUGUGGCCCUAAAGGCAGACCACGGUGGGCAGGAUCGCACGGAGCCACGGGCACCGGACCCCCUCCAGUACUGCUCAGAUCAGGAAAACCUUAGAUUAGAAAACGUUCCGUCAGGGGCCGGUGUGGUCAGGGACACAACAGCCGGGUGUGGGAGAGCCGCGAACAACAGAGUAGAGAAAUAAAGAGAGAGAGAAAGAUGGAAUGAUAGAGAUCGAGGAAGGGAGAGAGAAGAACGUGUUAGAGAGAGAGAGAGAGGGCAGGGGUAGAAUUCUGCAGUGUCCUAACUGAUUUAUCCACGCAAGCCAUAACAGGACAAAAACGGAAGCAAGAAGUAGAGGACAAACAUGCUUGUGUGUUGCAUGUCAAACAUCCAGUGAUGACAAUGAACUAAACCUCUGGGGAAAAAGACAAUGUGAACUAAAAAUAAAACUAUAUGUGUACAUUAACAGAUGACAACGCGAGCUUGGGGAACAAUUUGUACAACGUGUGUAUUUUCAUUUUUAUGUUUUAUUUUUAUGAUAAUUCUAUUUAUUUUCUUUAUGUAUGUAUUGAAUAAAUGUAUGUACAUGUUCAUUUAAUACUUAAUUCUGACUGUAAUUUGAUUUUAUCUAGUUUAAAGCAUAAAUAUAAAAAAUAUUAAAAACAUGGUCAUUGAAAUAUGCUACUUGUAUGUGUAAAUUUCGAGAACAAAAUUGUGUUAUGAGCUAAGACAAACGUUACUGAUGAUGAGGACGAUCGAUUCAAAUCGAAAAUGCAAAUCUGCAAAAUAAAUGAUAAUAAAACCUGACAAUAAUGGAGAAGAUGACAAUAAAAUAAAGUGUCCCUGAA